CAGGUCGUCGCUGCCUCGAUCUGCUUAACAUGCGACCCUGUCUUUGGAAUGCAAGAGAUUCAGAGAAACCUUACGCUUACGCGUGAGGCAGCAUAGCUAGCCAUGAUUCUCACCGUCCUGCUCAUCCUUGGCUGCUGCUUCUUCUUCUUGCCGAUGCCUAUGGUCGCCGCCCAGCCCUGGAUGAUCUGCGGCAGCAGCAAAUACACGGCGAACAGCAUCUACCAAUCCAACCUCGACAGCCUUCUCUCCUCAUCAUUCCUUGUCGUAAGCGGCGACUCCAGCAGCGGCGCCCUAUUCGCCAAGGGCUCCCGCGGCGCCGCCCCGGACACCGUCUACGCCGUCGCGCUCUGCCGCGGCGACGCGAACGCCUCUGCCUGCAGCGGCUGCGUCGACGCCGCGUACGCGGCCGCGACGGCGCGGCUCUGCCCGCUCAGCAAGGACGCCGCCGUCUUCUACGACGAGUGCGCCCUCCGCUUCUCCGACGAGGACAUCCUCAACAUGGACGCCUUCGGCCGUGUCAACACCUCGGCCGCAGUUGGCGUCGCGCCGCUCGUCCUGAUGAACAUCACGUCGGAGCCCAUGUUAUCCGGCUGGAACACCAACAUCCAGGGGACAAAAAACUUCACCCAAUUCUUCAUCAAGACGAUGAAUUACAUAGUAGCACAAGCUCUCUCCACGACGAAGCACUACGCUGCAAUCCGCGUGGACAUGGAUGAUGCCGAUGCAAGCAACACCGUUACCCUUCCAAGGAGGCUCUUCUGCUUGGCACAGUGUGCUCCAGAUUUGGUUGAAGAUAUCUGCUACAACUGUCUUCAGAAUUUCAGCGAUCUGGCGACGGCCAACUUCGCCGGUCGGCAAGGGGGACGUAUUCUUGCUCUCCGGUGUAAUCUGAGGUAUGACACGGAUAAGUUCUUCGCCGGUGAGCCGACGUGGAGCUCCGGGUCGUCGUCGAAUGCACUAGUUCCAAGUCCAGCGCCACAGCCCGCCCCAUUACUGCCAACAUGGCCAAAACAAAAGAAGCCCGUAGCAAAAGUUUUGGUCCCUGCUUUGGUAGCUCCACUACUUGCAUUGUUUCUCUGUAUCAUCGCUUCCAUCAUAUUGAGAAGGCACAUAAAAGGUAAGACGAACGCGGAUGAAGAUGAAGCACUAAUUUGGGGGCUACAAGGAAGAAGUUCAGAAUUCACUAUUUAUGACUUUUCGCAAGUAUUAGAGGCCACAGAUAAUUUCUCAGAAGAAAAUAAACUUGGGCAAGGAGGCUUUGGUCCUGUAUACAAGGGCCGAUUUCCUGAUGGGGUGGAGAUAGCAGUUAAGAGACUUGCUUCUCAUUCAGGGCAAGGCUUGACAGAGUUCAAAAAUGAAAUCCAACUCAUAGCUAAGCUCCAGCACACAAAUCUUGUUAGGCUCUUGGGAUGCUGUUACCAGGGACAGGAGAAAAUACUAAUAUAUGAAUAUUUGCCAAAUAAAAGCUUGGAUUUCUUCAUUUUUGAUGAAACAAGAAGAGCUUUGAUAGAUUGGCAUAAACGCCUAGCGAUAAUAGAUGGGAUAGCACAAGGACUUCUGUAUUUGCAUAAGCAUUCUCGGUUGCGUGUCAUACACAGAGAUCUCAAAGCAGGCAAUAUUCUCUUGGACCGUGAAAUGAACCCUAAAAUUGCAGAUUUUGGGCUUGCAAAAAUAUUUAGCGUGAAUGAUAAUGAAGGGAAUACAAAAAGGAUCGUUGGAACAUAUGGUUAUAUGGCUCCUGAGUAUGCUUCUGAGGGCCUUUUUUCAAUCAAAUCCGACGUAUUCAGUUUCGGUGUGCUAAUUCUUGAGAUUGUCAGUGGGAAAAAGACAUCAAGUUUUCAUCGAUAUGGUGAAUUUAUUAAUCUUCUUGGCCAUGCAUGGCAGAUGUGGAAAGAUGAAACAUGGCUUCAACUCGUAGACCCAUUGUUACCCACCGAUUCUCAUACAAUAGAGAUAAUGAGAUGUAUUAACAUUGCUUUGCUUUGUGUGCAAGAGAAUGCGGCCGAUCGGCCCACCACGUCAGAGGUUGUUGCAAUGCUAAGCAACGAGACUAUGACCCUACCUGAGCCUAAGCACCCUGCAUUUUUCAACAUGAGGCUGACGAACGAAGAGGCGUCAACUGUUAUUGCGGCAUCUAGUGUUAACGGUAUCACAUUAUCUGCUAUAGAUGGCAGAUAGUGUUCAAUUCUCUUGCUCGAGGUCAUGUGAGAAUGUUUUGUAUUUGUACAUUUUUCCAUUCAAGAGCUUUCUUUUCAUUUCUAAAAUUAUAAAUCAAUAUACUCCCAUCAUCCCAGAAUAAGUUAAUUUAGUACGGGAUAUGUGAUACAUGCCGUACUAGAUUAACUUAUUAUAGGGCAGGGGUAGUAUAUAAGAACAAUA